GCGAUAUGGUCAAACUCUGAACGAGACAUGGCGUCUUUACUUUUAUCCGUACUUCACCGCUCUCCAGCGGCACACAGGAACCAUUAUCGGAAGUGCGUCGCCACCAGUCUCGGAAUCGGUAUUUUUCCGAUUUAUUAAAAUCGUAGGAGCGCUAAGCGAGCGAGUGAAUGAACGAGAUGUCGAUGAUUGCGAUGAAACGCGGAGUGUGGAAAAAAAAAGACAAUUGAUGCAUGAUAUUUAUCGAGCUCGGUCAUUCUCGUGAGAAUCAUUAACCGAAUACUAGGGUAAUUAGGCGGUCGGUGAUAAUUGUCUCACGCAUACUACUCACGAGUCAAAUUGGCUGGUCAGGUCUAAACGAGAUACGAUGUAUAACCCUAAGCAAAAUAUUAUGGUCACAUGUGACUGGUUAAACGCUUACCUACAACCGCUGGAAUUCAUGUUUGAUUGACUCGAGUUAAAUGGUCGUUAAAAUUUAUUUGUUUGUAUGACGAGUGUGCGGCGAAAAUUAUCCGCAGGUUAUCUCGAUUUUUCUCGAAAAAUCAAAGCAAUUAUACAAUUUAGCUUGUCAGACCGAGACACCGACGAGAUAUGAUCUUUGAUCGACCGAGAUCUCGCUCGAUCGAAGCUGACAGGCCGAUGGACACCGCCUGAGCUGCGUUUGUUUUUCAAACGGACGGUUAUGACAGAUUUUCAAAUAAAGAGUGACAAAAAUACUUUCGAGACACAAAAAAAUCUCACUAAAUUUUCACCGCGUGACAUGUGAUCGGGCCAAACUGUCAGCGAAAUAAUUUCGGAGUCCCAGAGUCCCGAGGGGAGAGAAACGCUCGUCGAAUUUCCGUACAACCUUACCCCGACGAAUUUCCACCGAUCGGACAUUGGACACAACAAAUGAAAAUUGACUUUCCCGCUAAAUUUCCGGAUCGUCGCCCUCUUCAUGCUGAUUCGCGGGCUAAGUAGCCUCUUGGUGACGUUACUUGUCGCGUCGAUACACGGUGCUCCGACGAUGACGACGGACAGACGCAUCCUCCAGGGAAAAUGGGUCAACCCCUGUGGACUCGCACUCACCGACGGUGACCCCGAUGGUGACGUCCCCCAGCUCAACGACGCUCAGCUGUUAUCACAGGUCGUCAUUCAGGCAAAGACGGCCCUGAUGCACGCCGAGAUAUUCAGAGACGAUUUUCUCAACAAAACUUUCCGUACCACCUUCGCAAAGAUCCACAGCGACUGGAAAAUGUAUCGCUACAGCUGGCUACCGAGUAAACAGGAUAUACCCAAGGAACUCAACGAACCCCUGGCCAAGGAGGACCUCGAGAAAUUGGAGCUCGACAAAGCGCUGCUCGACGCUUACACGUAUAUGCAAACAUUCGCGGUUGGAUUGGAGCAGAUCGUCUGGGACCAGAACGACAACGACUCGGAAUUUCAUAAGCAGUUUGCGGACACCGAGUUCAAGCUUCGCACGGUUUUGUGCGAGCUGCAAGCGGCGCUCGUGGAACGCGGAGUCAAACCGCGGCCGGACGUUACCCGCGCCGUUAUGGGGGCGGAUAUCCGAGGGUACAAGGACGAGAGCACGAGGUCCGUUCGGGACUGGGUCAUAUUCCGGGACUACAUGAACGGGCUCCAGUACAUAAUUCAGGUGUUCGAGUACCUCGGUGACCGUCUUCGAUCCUGAGGGUGGCGAUCGGGUGAAAAUCAACGCAGGCCGACUCGGUGGCGUUUUGCUCACUUCGGUAGGAGCUUGAAGAAACUCGAGUUUCUACCUUACCGGGAAACCCUCCUCGCCCGAAGUAACAUCGGUAGGGCGUUUUCUGCCGACAUUAAUUCAUAGUUAGAUUUUAAACGCGUACAUAUAUUCACACAUACAUGCAUACACACCGAAAUCAUUAUCAAUCCGUAUCGCGAAGACGCUUUCAGUGUACCACAGAAAGAGAAAAACUGGAUCGGUCGAUUUUUAUUCUGUAUUAUCGUCGUUUCAUUUUAAUUUUUAGCUUUUCAUACAUUGUACACUUUUACUACGAACCGUUGGCAGAAACGGAACUAUUCAAACCGACAAGCAUCGACAUUUAUGCAGAGAAAAACAUACACAGCCCGAAAAUUAUAAAGACGAAUUUGAUUUUGAUGUUUUUGUUUUUUCUCUCUUUUUUUUUUUCUUUAAAUCUAAUCUUCUUAUUAUCGAAUAGAAAAACAAAGUACGUCACGAUACGCGGAAUGCAAGCUUCCGCCCCUGGAAAUUAACACGCGAUUUGUAUCAUCCCGUGUAAUAUUAUACCUGUUCGACACACGUAUACAUGCAUGCAAAUUGCAAACUUUUUAUUCACAAAGUAGUCGUGUAUACCAUACGUAUUCGAUACACGGAAAUCGUUUCCUGCGGCAGGGAAGAAAACGAAAGGAAGAAAAAAAGAAAAACAUCAGAAACUAUAAAUUAAAGUAAAAAGUUAACCUAAAACGUUACACAACUUUCGUCAUUCGUAUACAAAUCGCGUAUCAUUGAAUAAUUGUAAGAAAAAUUUAUACCGUACAUAUGUAGUUCGUACUGCAUUGAGUUUGCAUGAAGACGACACGGAUAUGAAGAGGAUUUGAAUUCCCAAUACCCGCCACCAAACCCUAUACUCGUCAUUAUACCCAUAUCGAUUGAAGGAUGUAUGAUCUUCCCCCUUUUUUUUUUAAUCAAAAUGUCUCAUUUUAUGUUGGUGGACCUGGUAUAAUUAGAGUAGUUACGGAGUAUAUUUCUAUCAUUUUAUCGAAAUGAUCCGAAACCUUGAGAGUGGAUGAUUUUUUUUUUCUACCGUGGAGGGCGAAACCGAAGUCAAUCAAUUUCGGCGGAAUUCGCUUACCUCAAUAUUAUCCUAGAUUCAUUUACAUUAGAAAAGCAUGCUGCUAUAUGCUUAUUUUAAUUCGGGUACUCAGCAUCGCAACGUGCUCAGGGAUGCACUUAUGGCCAGAUAAUCCUGAUAAAAGAAACAAAGCAAAAACAAAGAACAACUGCACGGUAUUUCGAUGCCCGUAUUCCUUAUUUUUUUACUUCUCCUUUCGUUUCUUUUGUUUCUCUGUUUUCUGUCGAUUUUUACCCCGCACAAUUAACGCCUUGAGGAGUGUGCGAAUAUUGGGAGCGAAAGCAAAAAAGAUACGAGGGAAACAGGAAAGAAAAGAAAAGAACGUAGAAAACGAACAGGGCUUGUGUUGAAAACUUGUAAAAGAUUAGAAAGAAAUCGAGACUGUAAAAAUAUCGCUUUACGGGAGCUGGCCAAAAGAAAAAGGAAAAACAAAUCGAAAGACGUGAAAAUCUCUUGAUUUUACUCUUAACGAAUAUUUAUUAAUUAACUGUAAUAUUAUAUUGUAUUUAUUCAGAUUAUUUAUUUUAUAUUUGUAAAUAUUUUACACUCGAGCUGUAUUUAAAUGAUAAUAACAACAAUAAUAAUAACGACGACGACGAUGAUGAUAUUUUGGUAUGAAACUAUUUUCCACGAGUCAUUCAAAUCUUGCCUUAUAAGAUCACGGUAGAUAUCUGGAUAAAGAAAAAUAAAACUGCCAAACUUUUAUUUGCAGGUUAAUUAUUUUUCCCUCUGCUUUUCAGUCUCACAUCCGAAUCUAAUUUCUCAAACAAUAGAAAUUAUAUUCACCCACUUCCUUAAAAUACUCUAUACAGAGAAGUGUGCAGAGAUCCAGACUCCAGAUAUCUAUCGUCGAUUUUUGUUUUAUGUCUUCUUAUUUUUCACAAAAAUUUCGCAAGCUUUUUAUAACUGUAUCAUCACAGAAUUAUAUUUACUUCAUAAGGCGUGAUAUAAAUCGCUUAUCAGCGUGACGGCAUGAAUUUUUUUAAACGUGACUCGACUUUAUAAUCUGAAAGUUUAAAGAAUAUUAAAAACUCUCUCAAACCCUUUUUGAGCGAACACAAAAAACGAGCUUCUAUACAUAAUAUAUACAAAUAGCCAACAUUUGUCGACACUACAUAUACAUUAUACUAGAAAUCUUGCGUCACAAUUUAUUUAUUCCACAAACUAACACUAGCCGGUAAAUUACAUUAUACGUAUUAUAUGUUUUCCUAUAUGUAUUGUAUUGUAUUUGUAUUGUGCGCACAUACAUAUAUAUAUAUAUAUACUUGUUCAAACAUAAUUUUAUCAGUUACACAUUUCAAUUAACAUAAUUUAUACGCAUACAUUUUUUUUAUCAUCGCGUCUGUGAUAUUCAUGAUUAGAAAUAUUAAGUAUUAUUAUACUAUGUGUACAUUUAAACAGAAAUAUUAUUUAAAUUAUCAAUUGAUAUUCUUAUUUGUUUCAUACCACAAUGUCACGUCGUCAUCGUCAUCCUUUUUCCAUCACGUCACGCACAAACCUCACAUCGGUUUCACUAAUAUUUUAAUUUUUUUUUCCCAUAGCGUCGAAUGAAAAUUUUCAGUCGUUAAUAUUUUCUGAAAGCAAAAAAUGUUGCGUAUUAUCAUUUAUCAUACUCGGUAAUAUUUCGCAGCAACGCAACCUGCUUAGCGACUAAUAUAGGUAACCACACGACGAUGUUCCUACGAGAAAAUUCAAUCGGUAUACAAAUAUAAAUUAGCACAUAAAUUACAUUAUCGCAUUAUAAACCAAACUUGGCAAAUUAUUUCUUGCUCGAUACUGAACAUUUGUUUUCAUAUAUACAAUGUAUAUAUACAUAUAUAUCUAUAUAUAUAUAUACACACACAUAUAUAUCGUACAAUUGUAUUGUCAACUAUUUCACUACGACAUUAUAUUUGGAACAGAUCAGCUGGGCUCCUCCUUUCACAUUUUCCAAUCUCCUGUGAUAGUUUUGGAAAAUGAGGAGAGGCAGAGAAAUCAGAUGUUCGCGAUGAUAGAUCUCUUAGUUGAGAAUCCGUUCAACGUAAUUGCCAGUAUUUUCAUUAUCUGUAAUUUUUAUUCGCUUAUUCAUCGAAACAUGUUUCACACCGAAGGCCGAUCCUGAAACUGAAGACCCAGCCAAUCUCGUUCCACUUAUUGAACACGCAAAUUGGCACACGUAUUAUAGAAAACUAACUCGACAGACGCGUACACCUGUAAUAUGAAAUUACGUUACAUCUAUAGUAAUACCUACGAAUAACGAUACAUAAUACGCUGUACAUAGACAGAUAGGCCUUAUGACAAUAUAGAAACUAUUAUCAUAAUUGCAUAAACGUUAAAUAUAUAUACAUAUAAUGAUUGUGGAUGUGAAUGUAUUCGGGUGAACAAAAAUGCGCCCAAUCUGUUGUAUCAUAUAAAACCAAAGACCAUUCAACAUC